AUGAGCUACGGGAACCGGUUGGAUGUAUAUCAGGAUGAAGUAGUACAACUAGCACGGUCGAGUCCAUUCUUGAGGCAUGCCAUCACCACGGUCGCUCUCAUGUACCAGCGUCUCACAACAAUUCCCAUCAAGUCAGCUGUCACUGGGACCGAAGCAUAUCACUGGGACCGAGCACUAGUUGGCUUCAAUCGAACACUCUCGCAGGACCCUCGACCGGACGACAAGGCCGCCUUGCUCAGCACCUCCAUGCUGUUGUGGCUGCUGGUCUUCUGCCACCUCGACGCAUCGAUCCCAGAGGAGUCAUGGCCUUUGUCCCCAGGCAUGGACAGUGGCCCUAUCUGGCUGAAGAUCUCCAGAGGGAAAGACGAAGUCUGGCGGCAGAUGCCGAGUCCGCCGGGAGACCGCAUCUCGGCUGCUCUAACACCCGUGGAUCACAAUAAUCCACUCAUGAUGCCGUCCGCACAACCCCUGCCAAUCCACCAUGUUCCGACCGCAUUCCUGCGGCUCUUCGAUUUGGACACAGAAAGAUGUUUGUCUGGCGCCCAAUCGCGGUAUUGUAGUGUGGCCGUCGACGUUGCGUGGGCGCUGUUCAAUGACCAACCGGUUCUGCCGACGGUCUUGCGCUUCGUGACAUUUCUGAGCACCAUGUCUGCGGAGUUCAAGUCCUUGUUGAUAGUCAAAGACCCUCGGGCGUUACUGUUGCUGGCCUCUUGGUUUGCGAAGAUUCGCAGACUGGGAGUAUGGUGGAUGACCCCCCGCACAGCCCUAGAGGGCGAGGCAAUUUGUCGGUAUUUGGAGCGCGGCUAUGGUGACAACCCAGAUAUGCAGGAAAUGAUUGAUUUUCUCCGGGCGCAAUGA